AUGAAUACACAAACCAAGUCUGAAAAAAUAUUAACACCCGAAUUUCUGGAAUGGCAAGCUGAAUUAAUUGAUGUUUUAACGGAUAAAAUUCGUUUCAAAUUAUAUAAAAGAUAUAAAAAUGAAACUGGCCUCGAUCCUUGGAUGAAUUUAAAACCCUCUGAAUUUUCACAAAUCGAAAAUGCUGAUAAUCAUCUUUCAGGUACGAUCAAGAUUUCUAAAUUUCCGGAAGAAAAAGAUGUGAUCAUUGAAGCUGUACAUAAAUGCUUCCCUUUCCUGUCUUACACUAAUUCGAAUGCAUGGUACCGAGAU